AUGGUAUCUUAUCAAGAGAGGGCUACAACUACAAUUUCCAGCUACUGGACAUGGUGGUGGGAGGCUACUAGCAAGAAAGACCUAGUAAAUCAAGCAGUUCUUACCAUUCUUAUUGCCAUAUUUGCAAUCUUAAGUUGGAUAUCUCCCAUUUCUGGGUUCCAACACCUGCAUCAUUCAUUUGCAAAAUUGGCUGAUAUCUAUGGUCCAAUCUUCAAGCUCUGGCUUGGAAACAGGCUGUGUAUAGUGUUAAGCUCACCAUCCCUUGCCAAGGAAGUGGCACGAGACCAAGAUAUAAUAUUUGCUAAUCGUGACCCACCAGUUGCAGCAUCCAUUACUUCAUAUGGUAGGCUGAAUAUUGUAUGGUCUCCCUAUGGCUCCUAUUGGCUCAAUUUGCGCAAGUUAUUCGUAACAGAGAUGCUAAGUGACAAUAUCCUUGACCGCUGCUAUGCCCACAGAAGAUACGAGGUUAGGAAGACGAUUACAAAUGUGUAUAACAAGAUUGGCACACCCAUGGACAUUGGCAAAUUGUCAUUUCAGACUGAACUCAAUGUCAUGACACGGUCUAUGUGGGGCGACACCAUUGAAGGCCAGGAGGAAAGUUUGACUGGAGUUUCCUUCCGCGAGUUGGCAAAUGAAAUGAUUGGAUUGUUGGGAAAGCCAAACAUCUCUGAUUUUUUUCCGGUGCUUGCCAGGUUUGAUAUACAAGGCGUGGAGCGAGAAAUGAAGGUGGUCUUCCACUUUGUUGAUCAGAUCAUGGAUCACAUCAUCGAACAAAAGAUGAAACUGAACACUGCAAAAGAAGAAAGGGCCUCUAACAACAGAGAAGAGAAGGAUUUUCUGCAGCUCCUCUUGGACGUCAAGGAGCAGGAAGAUGCUGAAAAACCAAUCACCAGGACACAAAUCAAGGCAUUGUUAGUGAACAUCCUGGUAGGCGGGACUGACACAACAGCAACAACAACGGAGUGGGCGAUGGCAGAGAUGAUGAGUAAUCCAGAGAUAAUGAGGAAAGCCCAAGAAGAGUUGGCAGAAGUUGUUGGGAUGACCAACAUUGUGGAAGAGUCCCACCUACCCAAACUAAAAUGUAACAACCUGCACCCAACCAUAUAG